AUGCAUCACUCCCUUCAUCCACCCUUCCACCCAUCCAUCCAUCCAUCACCCCCCUCACCCCCAUCCCGUCAGCAUCCCCACCCUCUGCAGGAGAAAAAGCACCAACUUCCUCCCAUCCAUCCGCCCUCACACAGUCAUGAAACUUCCACCCAUCCCUCCGUCCUCUCCUCCCUUCUUCCUCCCUUCCUUCCUUCCUACCUGCCGGUGCCUUCUCUUUGCCCUCCAUCUCCCGUCACGGCUCGGUUCGGUUCGGUUGGGCUGGGCUCGGUGGUCCUCUUGUCCUCCGUCAGAAAUCCACUCGCCUCCUGUCCUGUCCUUCUUUCCUUCCUUGCUGCUGGAUCAGCUGGAGUCAACAAGCGUCGAGCCGGAGUGAGGAUCCGCGUUCGCCCGCUUAGCUCGAUACCGGCGGGAGAGGAGGAGGGGGAGGCAGAAGAGGAGGAGGUGGAGGGAGGCACCAGGAGGAGGAAAAACAGAAACGACCCCGCAAUGUUUGCUCUUCGGUCCUGCUUUCGGCGGGGCUUCCUCCUCCUUCUUCUUCCUCUUCUUCGCUGA